UAAUCUCUUCUAGAAGGUUCCGAGAGUGGCAGAAUGAACGGCGCGCCCCCCCUCUUUCUGGAAGCCGGCGGGGCCCCGUGCCCUGAGGCCUGGGUGUACUACAGACACGCCUGCUACCACUUUUCCAAGGAGAGGAGAAGCUGGCAGAGGAGCCGGGCCGCUUGCCUGUCCUUGAACUCGAGCCUCCUGAGAGUCUACAGCCGGGAGCAGCAGGAUUUCCUGAGGCUGCUCAAGUCUUACCACUGGCUGGGCCUGGUCAGAAGCCCUGCGAACGGAUCGUGGCAGUGGGAAGACGGCUCGGAGCUCCAGGCCCAGCAGCUGACCCUGCUGGCGAUGCAGAACGGCACCUGCUGCGUGUACGGCUCGAGCUUCAAGGCGUACGCCGAGGACUGCCUGAGCCUGAACGCCUACAUCUGCAUGCGGAGGGGGCGGCGGCGGCCUCGAUGA